AUGUCCGCAACGGAGUCCGAGUCGGACUAUUUUGACGAUGAUUUUGUUGUUCCAGACUCUCCCAAUGGGGAGAUCGCCUCACCACGUCCAGCAAAACGCCGUCGCGUCCAAUCGCCGACGCGUGGGAAAGAGGGCGACGGUGAUGUCGGGUCAGGAACGGACUCGUUUUCCGAUAUAGAUGAAAAUUUUCUACAAAGGCGAGGCUCAUCGGCAGAAUAUGAACAGCAAGCGCGAUCCAAGUCCCGUAGUUUCGUCCCUAAACAGAGCAACUUCCAAGAGAACAUCUUCGUCACCCAACUCACCCAGCCGGACUCGAGCCCCGAACGACUCCGUGGUCCACGGUGGCAGAAACCAUCCCCCAAGGCGCCUUCCACAGUGACCGUGCCUGCCCCGCAAGCUAGAAAUACCAAUAAACCUGUGGAGCAGCCGGAUGACAAUUACUACGACGAGGAGGAAGCCCUGAGGGCGGCUCUGGCUGCUUCGUUGGAUGCAUUUGAGGAGGAGAAGACCAUGCGGGGAACGGUCAAUCCGACUUUACAACAACAUCAACCGGCUCACAAUAAUGGUGUGAGCGCCGCGAUGGACGCUUCGUUUGAGCUUGAGGAUAUUCCCGAUGACGCUUUCGAUUCUUCUCCAUCGUUGUCACCAGUAUUACGACCAACGCAACCUGCGAUUCCCCAAUCAAGCUUUAAUCGAUCCGCAAACCGGCCUCAAUAUAUGCGACAAAUGACGCUCUAUGGCAUGGCCGCACAGAACCAGGUUCAAACACCCCAAGAGAAGGAUUGGGCACCCCCGGAGAGAGACGAGCGUCCGACACACCACAAGUUGAACCAGGACUCAUUGAAUACGUGGUGGUAUCCCACGAAUCUUGGAACCAUUCGAGAUUAUCAAUUCAAUAUCACUCAAAAGGGUCUUUUCCACAAUUUACUCGUUGCCUUACCAACCGGUCUAGGAAAAACUUUCAUCGCUGCAACCGUCAUGCUCAACUGGUUCCGAUGGACGAAAGAUGCGCAGAUGGUUUUUGUUGCUCCUACCAAGCCUUUGGUAUCACAACAAGUUUCGGCAUGUUUGGACAUUGCUGGCAUCCCACGAUCACAGACAACAAUGCUCACAGGAGGUGCUGCGCCAGGUCUUCGUGCAAAGGAGUGGGAGUCAAAGCGUGUGUUUUUCAUGACUCCACAGACCUUGAUCAAUGACUUGAAGACCGGAAUUGCAGACCCCAAGCGAAUUGUUCUCCUGGUUGUUGACGAGGCCCACCGCGCCACCGGAGGUUAUGCUUAUGUGGAAGUGGUCAAAUUUCUCCGACGUUUCAACCAGAGUUUCCGUGUCCUAGCUUUGACAGCCACUCCUGGAUCUACAGUUGAAUCAGUGCAAGCAGUCAUCGAUGGGCUCGACAUAUCACGAGUCGAGAUUCGUACAGAAAACUCAAUUGACAUACGAGAAUACGUCCAUAGCCGUGAUGUCGAAAUUGAGACAUUCGAAAACUCGGAUGAAAUGAUCUUUUGCAUGGAUUUGUUAUCCACUACAUUGCGACCGCUUGUCAGCCAACUUCGAACUAUGAAUGCUUAUUGGGGAAACGAUCCCAUGGGUCUGACAGCCUUCGGCCUCACUAAGGCAAGACAACAGUGGAUGGGAUCUGAUGCUGGCCGCAACGCCAAUUUCGGGCUGAAAGGCAAAGUCAACGCCAUCUUCACUGUUCUUGCAAGUCUAGCGCAUGCUAUCGACUUGCUGAAAUAUCAUGGUAUUGUACCGUUUUACCGUCACAUACUGCAUUUCAAAUCCAACACCGAUGGCCAGAAGGGAGGCAAAUGGCAGAAGCAAGUUGUACAGGAUGAGAGUUUUAAGAAGCUUCUUAGCCACCUUGAGCCUUGGACAAAGAACCCAGAGUUUAUUGGACAUCCUAAACUGGAAUAUCUCAAGUCUGUGAUUUUGAAUCAUUUUAUGGAUGUCGGAGAGGGGGAAGGAGAACGUCGACGGGGCCGGCAGACCUGCGACGAGAGUUAUGAUUUUCGUGCAUUUCCGUGA